AAUGCUAAUGAGCUCCUAUAAAUAGAGGAGCGCACCCCUCAUUCCCAACACAACUGACUCGCUCUCCUCAGAGAAACCUCUCUCCAUCUGAAAGAAUGGCUCCAUCCUACAUGACUGACUUCUCUAAACUCUCCAACAAGGAAAAGCAUAAAUUGAGAAAACCAGUGGUGGAAAAGAUGCGCCGAGAUCGCAUCAACAACUGCAUCGAGCAGCUCAAAUCCAUGCUGGAGAAGGAGAUCCACCAGCAGGAUCCAAACACCAAGCUGGAGAAAGCCGACAUCCUGGAGAUGACGGUGGUUUUUCUGAAACAGCAGCUGCAGCCCAAGACCUCGGCUCCACAGAAAGCCCACUUUGAUGGCUAUUCCCAGUGUUGGAGGGAGACCAUGAGCUUCUUAUCUGGAGACAACAAGGUUGAUGCUGUACGUCAGCAUCUGAACCGCUGCCAAGAAGCCCAGAGAUCAUCUCAAGACCUCACUCACGUGUCUCCAGCUUCCCAUCAGCCCACCAAGGUAAAGCAGGAACCGUGUGCUCACAGACCUCUCUGGAGACCCUGGUAGACAAUGAAAGACUUCCACAGAAAAACUAGAUGGUGGUUUUACCAUCUCUUGUGUUGUAGGAGAUACAUAUUUCCAUUUCUAUGUUCAUUUCAACUGCUUCAUAUUGAAGUUUCAAUUGUUUUAUCCUUAAUAAGAUUUAUAAGACAUUUGCCUUGUGUUGGUCUAGAGGCUUUUUCCCAAUCCUAAUGUUUUUUUGGCUUGUGAUAUUGCUCAGAAUCGGAGCUCUUUGUAAGGUCCUGAUAGACGUUCAUUUGAUACAGCCUUUUGUAAAGGCUAAAGAAAAACAAUAUUUGUUCUUAUGAUGGCAUUCUUGUGUGCUUAAACAUUGUGGACACUGUGUGUCUGUCAUUGCAUUUAAUAAAAGCAAUUAAUUAUAAAUAAA